AACAUGGAGAUUUUAACCCCUUCGAUGGUCCUUAUGGGACACUGGCCCAUGCCUUUGCUCCGUCCUCUGGCAUCGGAGGAGAUGCUCAUUUUGACGAUGAUGAAACGUUCACGUUCCGCUCAAACUCAGGCUACGUGCUCUUUAUGGUUGCUGCCCACGAGUUUGGCCACUCUCUGGGCCUGUCCCACUCGAAUGACCCCGGUGCUCUCAUGUACCCUUUCUACACCUACAGAAACCCCGACACCUUCGUUCUGCCACAGGAUGAUGUCAAAGGCAUCCAGUCCCUCUAUGGAGCAAACAAGGAUCCUAUUGCACCUGGACCCACUGCUCCUCCYACUCCUGAUGCUUGUGACUCCACCAUGGUCCUGGAUGCUGUUGCCACUCUGCGAGGAGAAAUGCUCUUCUUCAAAGACAGCUUCUUCUGGCGCAUCUACCCUCAGAGUAGCACACCUCAGCAGUCUCUCAUCACGAACUUCUGGCCUGAUGCUCCUGUGGACAUCGAUGCUGCUUAUGAGAGCUCACAGUCAGACAAAGUCCUUCUUUUUAAAGGUAAAAAAGUGUGGUCUUUUAAUGCCUAUGACCUGGUCCAAGGCUACCCCAAAUCCAUUUCCAGCUUUGGUUUGCCUAGAACUGUGAAGAAAAUAGAUGCAGCCCUCCAUAACCCAGRAACUGGCAAGACCUUCUUCUUCGUUGGSAGCAAMUACUACAGGUGUGUUCCAAAAAGAUCUGAGAUCAGAUCAGAAAGCAGAUGUUUAGACUGUGUGUGGAACCAGAACAAAGUCCACAUGCUGUGAACCUGAUCCUCAUCUAAACCAGUAGAAUUUAACCUUUAACUGAUUGUAGGAGAUUGUUUGAAGAAAUGGAUGUUUGAUUCCUUUUUGAACCUCACAAUCUAAAUGCUGUCAACAGUUGUAAAUGUGUUUAAUUUGGAUCUUUUUUCAGUUAUGAUGAGACCACAAAGACUAUGGACCGUGGAUUCCCUAAACGAGUGGAUGAGACCUUCUCUGGAAUGAGCAGUCAAGUGACRGCAGCUCUGCAGUUCAGAGGGUUUGCGUACCUCUAYAGUGGACCCUACAUGCAUGAGUACAGCCUGAGGUCUGGGAGGUUGUACCGUGUGCUGAGGAACGACUACUUCCUGCCCUGCUACAACCCCUAAACCAGCUGAAUCACUCCUGCUGACAACGAAGGCCCAGUUUACAACUGUCAAUCUUAAAUAUUGUGUUUUCAUAAAUGGUUGGUAAUCAUGUGCUCUUCAUUCAGUUCUUUUUCAGUAUUUUCUUCAAAUGUUUUUAUAAUGGCAAUCAUUGCUUCUUUAAAUUAUUAUACCUGAAGUUUUGUAUUUUUUCAUAUUUUGUCGGCCGUUUUUAUCUUACUUAAUGAAAUGUAUGAAGAGAACACCACAGUGUCUCAACUAAUGACAGUAUGUUUAUCAGUGAUGUGAAAAUAAAAACCAUCAUGAGUGAAAA